AUGACAUUUAUCAGCAACUGCGCUAUUCCCUAUUUUAGUAUUGUCGUAAAUGAAAGGGAAAUGAGCAGGGAAGUAGGGAAAGUGAGUCCAAAAUGGUACCCCUUCGUUGGAUCGAGUGCGGUAGUCCAAAAAAUGACAAUGCAAUACGGCUCACAGUGGAAGGCAUUCUCAGUUUUGGCAAAAGAGUACUCGACGAAGGCACUUGGACUUAAGCUUGGCUCAGACCAAAUUGUUGUUGUGUUUGGGGAAAAGAACAUACGCCAAGUCUUCACCGAAAAGGAAUUUGAAGGCCGUCCAGACAGCUUUUUCAUCAGGCUGAGGUGUCUCGGAAAACGACUGGGAAUAACCUUUGUCGAUGGACCUCUGUGGCGGGAACACCGACAAUUCACAGUGAAGCAUUUGAAAAACGUCGGAUUUGGUAAAACCCCGAUGGAGAAAGAAAUUCAAAGCGAGCUUGUGAAUAUUCUAGAGUACAUUGAGAAGAACAGAAAAACACCGAUUAAUCCGAAACUCAUUCUCGCGAUGUCAGUGAUGAAUAUUUUGUGGAAAUUCACAGCUGGUGAACGCAUUGAACAGGAGCGACUUAGUUACAUUUUAGAUUUGUUUGCAAAACGUUCUAAGGCCUUCUCGAUAGCUGGUGGCUGGCUCAACUUGUGGCCCUGGAUACGAUUCGUUCUUCCAGACUUAAGUGGCUAUAACUUAAUAAAAAAUUUAAAUCUACAAAUAAGCGAUAUUAUUAAGGAAGCUAUCAUCAAACAUAAAAAUGGAACUGUACAAGGCAGCGAUUUUAUAUACACAUUUUUACAAGAGAUGAAAGAAAGUAACAACGGUUUUUUUCAUGAGGAACAAUUAAAUACCAUUUGUCUUGAUAUCUUAAUAGCGGGCUCACAGACGACAAGUAAUGUUGUAGAGUUUGCUAUUUUGUGUCUUAUACGAUACAAGGCGAUACAAGAGAAGGUUUAUGAUGAGAUACAGAGAACGAUUGGUGACAAUGAACCAAAUUGGAAUGAUAGUAACAGAUUACUAUACACCAUGGCUUUCCUUCUAGAAGUCCAAAGGUUCUACACAAUAGUACCAUUAGCUGGUCCCAGAAGAGUGCUUAAAGAUACCACUAUAGAAAACUAUAAUAUACCAAAAAAUACCACGGUAUUAUUAGCAGUUGGCGAUGUACACUUUGAUAGCGAGAUAUGGGAUAAACCACACAAAUUCAUGCCUGAAAGAUUUUUGGAUUCUAAUGGCAAUUUGAUUAAAAACGAUCACUUUUAUCCCUUUGGAAUGGGUCGUAGGCGCUGCCCCGGCGAUUCGUUAGCGAAAUCGUUUAUUUUCAUUACAUUCGUUGGAAUCGUUCAAAAAUAUAAGGUCGAAAGUUUGAAUGGUGUUUUACCUUCCGAAGAGCCAAUCAUCGGAUUAAUAUCUGGAGCGAGGCCGUUCACAGCAGAAUUCAUUCCACGGUCUUGA